UAAGAACAAACCUCAGACAACAGCCUACCUGGCAUUGAAACAAAUAGGAACCUCCUGGACUAUUACUUACUUGUUGUUGUUUGACAACGUGUAUCUUGUGGGAAACAUGCUUCUGUACCCUGACCUUCUGGCCCUACUGUUCCUCCAGCUUGCGCUCUCCAGCCCAUGGACACUAGCCUCCCGGCUGCCUCCUCUCAGUGGAGGGAAUCCCUUCAGUAAGGGCUCCCAGGUGGCCAGGGCCCCCACACAGAGGCAGCAGUCUGGAAAGCUCAGCACCACUGUCCUGGCUCUGGGGGAGCCCUGUGGGGUCUACACUCUAAGCUGUGCCCGUGGACUCCGCUGCACCCCACCACUGGGGUACCCCAGCCCCCUCCAGGCCCUGCUGCAGGGCAGGGGAGUCUGCAGCAAUGCCAGUGGGCCCAGUCCUUCUGAGAGGCCCCAGCCCACAGCCACACACCCAACACCCAGUGAAGACCUGGAGAAGGCUCCAUGCCGUAGGCUGCUUAACACUGUACUUAAAGGUCUGCAGCCCCUGGUCUUCCAGUCAGACUGUGCUGAUAUAUAUAUGCCCAACUGUGACAAGCAUGGUUUCUUCAGAAAGAAGCAGUGUCGGUCGUCUCGGGGCAUGCAUCGCGGCCACUGCUGGUGUGUGGACAAGAGUGGCAUACCAACCCCAUCGCACACAAGCCCAGAGGGCACCCUGAUCUGUGACAACGCAUGAAAGGGCACUGUCCAGCCCACCCUAUCCUGCAGUCUGGAAUAUGGGCCAUAGGGUGAGGAUCGAGAGGAAAAAAAGUAGAGCAAGAUGAGAAUAAAAGAGAGGGAUAGAAAAGGAGGAAAAGCGAGGGAUGGAGGAGGAAGCACUUCCCAAAGUGCUUUACACUAAAUGGCUGAUACAAGCCAAAGGUUGCGUACCACAUGGCACCCUAUUCCCUAAGUAGUGCACUAUUUAGGGAAUAAGGUGCCAUUUGGGACACAGACAAAUUCACCAACAACACUACUACCUACUAGGG